CUGGAUCGUGAUCCUCCAAUACAAUGGCAGUGAUGGGGAUACAGCUUGUGUUCUCCUUGUUCGUGGCCAGCAUCUUUCAGAAGAUGGCACCCCACUGGUCCUUCGCCCGAUGGCUCCUUUGCAAUGGAAGCUUGCACCGCUACAAGCAUCCUUCAGAAGAGGAGCUACUUGCUCUUGCAGGGAAGCAGAAGCCGAAGGGUAAGCGGGACAGCAGGAGGAUCAACGGGGUGACCGAUGCGAAACCUUCUACUGUUCCCCGAGACAUAGAUUUGCAACUGGAGAGUAGCCCAAUCCGGACAGUGGAUGCUCUGGUUCUAUGCUAUUUCCUGGAAUAUCAGUGGUACGUCGACUUCGCAGGAUAUUCCACUCUGGUCUACCUUUUCACUGAAGGUUACUACUGCCUCGUCGAUCCCCAGAAAGAAACCAACAUUGGAAUCUUCUGGUGCCUGCUGACAGCCAUAUUCUCCGUCAAAAUUUUUGUCAUGGUGAUGCGUCAUUAUUUCCGCUCCAAGGAGGGGGGUGAGCGCUCUGUCUGCCUGUCCUUUGCCUUCCUCUUCCUUCUGAUUGCGAUGGUGGUCCUGGUGGUCCGGGAAGAUUACCUCGAAUUUGGUCUCAGUGCAGGACUAAGCAGCGUCCACGACAAUUUGGAAGUCUUCUUCAUGGACCAAGGAUGGGAAUGGAUGAUCCCGGUGACAAAACUCGGAAUUAAAGUGGGUCUCGUGGGUCUCUGCUCAUUCAUUGGUGCCUGCUUAACUUUCCCGGGCCUACGUCUGGCCCAGACUCAGCUGGAUGCGCUCAAGAUGGUGGCCGACCAGCCAAAGAUCCAACUCCUUCUGCACGCCAGUUUUCUUUCUCCCGUGAUCGUGAUGCUGAUAUGGAUCAAGCCCAUUUCACGAGACCUCUUGCUGAGGGCCCCCAUGGGCAAGGAGACGGUCCAGAUCAUGUCGGACGCCACCUACAAUUCUGUACGCCUCUGGACGAUUGUGGUGCUCUGUGUGCUGCGCCUGGCCGUCACCCGCUACCAUCUCCAGGCGUAUCUGAAUCUGGCUGAGCGUUGGGUGGAGCAAAUGAAACGGGAGGCCGGCCGGAUCACUGUGCUGGAGAUUCAGCGAAAGAUCACCAGGAUCUACUGCUAUGUAACAGUGGUCAGCCUCCAAUACCUGGCGCCAAUAUUUCUCACUCUGCACUGCACCCUUAUCCUCAAAACUCUUGGUGAAUAUUCCUGGGGUCUGUAUCCUGAACCUGCGCUAACAUCUCCAGCACCUGAUGCUAUUCCGAUUCGCCAGGCCGCCCCCUCUGAGGAUUCUGAGAAAGAAGAUGUCCAGGCUGCAGUGGAACAGAUCACCGCAUCUCUUAGUGCCUUGAGUACCGUCUUUACUCCUCUUUUCUACCGGGGGCUCUUCUCGUUCUGCGUCUGGUGGAUUGCGGCCUGUCAAGUCAUUUCCAUCUUCUUCGGCCUCUAUUUCCAUCAGCACUUGGCUGUAUCCUAAGUGAGAAAAUCUGUGGCCUCAGAGUGGGACGUUUUGGGUGCAGACUGUGCUUAGUGCCAGAAUAUGGAUCUCUCUUGAGGGCUUGCAAAUUGAUAGCCAUGUUGUCAUCCUUGAGGAAAGAUUAUCUUGUGAUGUCUCCAGCUGGAUUCAAGUACUGCUUUUUUAGACCAAUCACAGUGGGCUGGAUAUACAUCUUCGCUAUCUCAAAAGAGGUAAAAGGGGAGUGACUUGAUCAGCU